AUGGGCGGCUUUCGUCCUGCGAGCCGUGUCGCCAGGCUAAGUUACGAUGCGACCACCAAAGUCCUGUCUGCGGACGGUGUCCAACCCCGUGCGCAAUCCUCCCGGCUUACGGACACAUCGCGGAGACCCCGACGGCAGCGGCGUCCAGACAACCAAUUGGUCUUUCGUCUGGAUCCGAGAAUAUUCAGUACGCCUACUGAGGAGAAGAUCUUAUGUGACCAGACUGAAAAGGAGAAACGAACUCUGCAGUCCGGUCCUCUUGGAUUGGUCUCGCCUCAAGGUAUAUUCAGCGAGUAUGAAGCUACAGUCGCUACUGCAGAGCCGGGAUGCUCUUCAGCAGCGACGGCAAAGGUCCAAAAUGUAGAGAGGAAAUUCCCCAUUAGACCAAUCAUCGAGGUAUCAAAAUGUUGCUCUGAGCCUGUCGAGAUAAAGCAAGAGUCCAAGAUUGAAGCUCAAUUUGCGGACAAUGAUAGUACCACCGGCAUCAAGCAGCAAGGACCUGGGCCGGGGUCUGUUUACAGAUAUUAUAUUCGGAGCGCGGGAUCUAGCCUUGUAGUUUCAUUUUUAGCCUUCACUCUUAUCGAGGCUUUCUGCAACAGCUUCCAGGCACUGUGGCUUCAGUGGUGGGUAAAGGCCAAUGAAGAGUACCCCAACAAACAACUCGAAAUGUUACUCUUUGUUCGAGGCCUCAAUAACAUUUCCCUGAAGCUUCAUUCCGACCUCCUUAAGACAGCGCUUGAGUUUGGUCAAGACUUAGAGCUCAUUGAUAUGAUGCUUCCAAUUUAUGCUGUUAACUGCAUUACCAAUAUUAUGGAGGUCUCUAUUAACACACUUAUUAUCUGUAUUAUUGGCAAAUACCUAGCCGUCACGAUCCCUUUCCUCGGGCUGGUUCUCUUCUUCAUCCAGUCGUAUUACCUCCAAACGUCCCGCCAAGUACGAUUAUUAGAUAUUGAGGCCAAGGCCCCUUUAUACACACACUUUCUCGAGACAAUCCGCGGCAUAUCCAGCAUCCAGUCCUUCAAAUGGGAACCCCACUUACGGGAGAAGAACUAUGCUCUUCUGAACCGUUCACAAAGACCGUUUUACAUGAUGUACAGCGUACAGCAAUGGCUAACAUUAGUGCUGGACCUUGUUGUCGGAGCUGUCGCGAUGUGGACAAUGACCGAAAUUUCCAUCGGCGCUGUCACACGUGUGCUCCGCUUUACGCAGGAUACCCCUUCGGAAAAGGAACAAUGCAUGUCCAUUGUCCAGUCGGGCCUACCGCAUGAUUGGCCCGACAGAGGUGCUAUUGAGAUCACUGGUCUCACUGCUGGAUACGAAGAAGAUCGCCCUCUGCGGUCCGUCCGGGAGUGGGAAAACCUCCUUGGUUAUGGCGAUACUACAAAUGCUAAGCGUCCAGGCCGGACGCAUACUGAUGGACGGAUGCAACAUCGCAGCAUUUCGAAAAGCACACUCCGCUCACGCAUCAAUGUGGUACUCCAGGAUCCAUUCUUUAUGGACGGCACCACCCUCCGCGUCAACUUGGAUCCCCAUCAGAGUGUCGCUGGGGAUGCAGAUAUAAUCAAAGCUCUUGGAAAAGUACACCUUUGGGAUCAGAUCCGCGCAAAAGGGGGUCUAGAGGCGGAAUUUGCCUCUACGGACUGGUCGGUCGGUCAGAAGCAGUUGCUCUGCUUGGCGCGUGCUAUGGUAGAGCCAUCCUAG